GAAAAAGGCGCCUUCGUUUCUGCGCUCUAUUGUCGCGACACCAAUUGCACUGGGCUGGCCGUGCCUGAGAUCACCGGUCUGCCGCAUCCCAAUUGGAAUUGCCUGGUUUGCAAACAAAAAUCGACGCAUGCGCAAAUGGUGAAGGCGCAGGACUUUGCAUCUGGUGCCAUAAGUUCCAAAUUCAAUUCGAAGUCACUCAAAUCGGUGAUACUGUAUUUGAGAGACAAAAGCGCUAGCUUUAUACCCGAUAGCAAUUAUGCCGUAAUCGAUGCCAAGCUACAGGUGAUAGCGCGUCUGGCGAAGAGGCGAGAGGAUUGCGGCGAUGAUGAGGUGACGGCAAAGGCGAAGUUUUGUGAAGACAUAUUGGAGAUUAUGGACAAGCUGGGUUUGGGCGAUUGUUUGAUGCGCACAUACUUGGAGACGGAGAAGGCGAAGGAAGUGAAGUAAGCUGAUGGUAGGAGACCGCAAGACAUCCGAAACGGAGUGGAAAAGAGGAAGCGAAGUGCGACCAAGAGUGAGCAACUUACGUAUGUGUUGCAGAUAUUUGACGAAUAGAUAGCGAUUUUGUAGCAGUGGAAAGAUAUUGCAAUACUGUUGGAAAAUGCAAGUGAUGAAAGUAAUUGCUUAAAGAAAAAG